AUGAUUGCCAUCUACAAAGGAGAUGUUGUCACUGUCCAUUAUUCCGGAAAACGUGAGGUUACACUGACUAGAAAGGAUCUUGUGGAGCUUGUCAAGAUGAAAGACAUCCAGCACGACAACAUUAUCCACUUUAUGGGAGCUUGCGUUGAGACCGACAGGAUAUGUUACAUCACACAGUACUGCGCUCGAGGCAGUCUACAGGACGUGCUGGCCGAUGGUCAGUCCUCCAUUGACUGGACGUUCAAGCUGUCCUUCACAACUGACCUCAGCAAAGGAAUGAACUACCUUCAUAAGUCAUUCAUCGAGUUGCACGGUCGUUUGAACAGCAACGUCUGCAUGAUCGACAACAGAUGGGUCCUAAAAGUUUCAGGAUUCGGUUUGUCAACUUUCAAGUUGGACGUAAGAGAGGAGAAGCCAGGGGAAAGUUUCUACAGGGAUCUCCUGUGGACUGCACCUGAACAUUUGAUGUCACCAAGUUCAAGUGGAAGCCAGAAAGGUGACGUUUACAGUUUUGCCAUCAUAGUCUACGAAAUACUUUAUAAAGAUUUUCCUUACCACACAACAAACCUGGAUUAUAAAGACAUAAUAACCCGCAUUAUGGAGUCCCAAGAUGGCCCAUUGCGACCGGAGCUCUCGCCCUUGGAUGAUGCAGAUGCAAAUCCAGCAAUAUUGAACCUGGUCACUCAGUGCUGGGACGAAGAUCCCAAUGUCCGUCCCUCUUUUGACGUCAUCGAAAAAACUGUGAAAAAAUUCCACACUGGAAAGAAUGACAGCAUCGUAGAUAGCAUGUUGAAAAAGUUAGAAAAGUACGCUAACAACCUGGAGAUGAUUGUAGAGCAGAGAACUGAAGAACUCGUUGAAGAGAAGAGAAAAACUGAUUUGUUGCUAAACAGCAUGUUGCCACCCUUCAUUGCAGAUGAGUUGAAGGCAGGACGCAAGGUGGAGCCCAAGAUGUACCAGAGUGCCUCGGUGUAUUUCUCAGACAUUGUUGGGUUCACGACGUUGUCAUCUCAAAGCACUCCCAUGCAAAUUGUGGAUCUGCUUAAUGAUCUCUAUGGAGCAUUUGAUGAUACAAUCUCGAGGCAUAAUGUUUACAAGGUUGAGACGAUAGGAGAUGCGUACAUGGUUGUGAGUGGUCUGCCUCAGGUAACAGAGCGCCAUGUUGUGGAAAUAUGCAACAUGGCAUUGGAUCUGCUGGGCAUCGUCAAGACCUUCAAGAUCAGACAUCGGCCUGAGAUGACACUCAUGUUGAGGAUUGGCAUUCAUUCGGGACCUUGUGCUGCCGGAGUGGUCGGUCACACGAUGCCUCGCUACUGCUUGUUUGGUGAUACGGUCAACACCGCAUCCAGGAUGGAGUCAACUGGUGAAGCCCUCAAAAUCCAUCUGAGUACACCAGCCAGAGAUCAACUUCUUCAGUUUCCUGGAUACGUUAUCGAAUUGAGAGGCCUCACUGAGCUAAAAGGCAAAGGAACGAUGAUAACGUACUGGCUCUUAAGGAAAGACCCGACUGAGACUACCAGCGAGUAA